AUGAAUAGAGAACUUGAGGAAACUUCUGAAAACCGAGAAAAUAAGACUUCGAAAGAGGAAGAAGAAAAGAAGUUCAAAUUACUGAAGUAGCAUUUUAGAGGUUAAUUCAAAGAAUCCUACAAAUAUAUUGGUAAGCAGUAUCAUCACGAUUCUUAGGUUUUAAUUUACUAUUCAGUUUUGGAAAAUAUCUCGUCUGUUUCUACAGUCUAUAGCAACGUGAUUAACAAUGCGAAGUGAACCCAUUAUUUGUAUGGCUGACAAUUGUUGGAAUGUACGAAUUUUUCAAUUCAAUAAGGUACAAUAUUCCAUAAGUGUUCUAGGUAUUUAGCUGUGCUCUAUUCUCUACAAAUGAAUUCCAAAGACAUCUUCUUGUUGGUGAUGGCAGAAAUGCUGACCAAAGACUCAAAUGAGUAGAUGAAUCUCCAAGGAAUGGAAGAAAGAAACAAGUAAAAAAAUAAUUCUAAAAUAAUUUAUUAGACGGAACCAAAUUAAAACUCUGAUCAAAAUGAAAUUGUCCACAAGAGACAUAAGAUAAGAAGAAUUAAUAGCAGAACCACCAUUUACUCAAUGCGAAAUAAUACAUCAGGCUGAGGCUUUGAAUAAGUACACUCGCCUUAUGAAAGUCUACAAUUAAUUUAUUUUCUACCUUAUUUUUACAGGAGGUAACAUCGCUUACUUCUAGUCUGAUUCUAAUGACUGUGAUGAUAGUAAUUUUUCAAUUAAUUUUAUACUAGGUUUAAAUAAUGUGACUUUUGUAUUACUAUUGAUCGGAUAUUUGUUUUCAGCAUUUCUGAUUAUUGGAUUUGGAUUGGCCAUCAUAUCCAUGGCAUUAUACAUGCCCAUUAUCCUCUUUCUAUUUAUAUUUAAGUCGUUGUGUAAGAUCAUCAAGAGACUUUAAACUAAAGUAAUUGUUCAUCUCUCUAUUUUAGAGUAAAUUUAAGAAAAUGAAUAAGUUCUAAUACAAAAAUUGUCCUGAGUUCGCCUCCGUCUAGUAAUGCAAUAUUUGUAUGUGUGAUUAUGAAGAUAAUGAUUUAAUUGUGUAAUUGCCAUGCAGCACUAGGUAUAUCGACUAUUUAACAAUCUAGACAUCAUUUUCAUGAUCAUUGUCUUUAAUAAUGGGUGAUUAUUAAAUAGUAAUGCCCAGUUUGUCGUAAAUUAAUUUGA